AACCUCUGCCUCCCUGGUUCAAGCAAUUCUCCUGCCUCAGCCUCCCAACUUGAACUCCUGACCUCAGGUGAUCUGCCUGCCCUGGCCUCCCAAAGUGCUGGGAUUACAGGCAUAAGCCACGACACCAGGCCUCACUAUGGUUUUCUUGUUUCCUUCAGCCAGAAUUCAUCUCUCCACCUCCAAUGGCUGACAGCAACUGCAAGCACGUCUUCUACUGCCCUCAGCACAUUCUGCCCCACGUUUGAGUUAUCUCUUGGGUCUUUUUGA